ACUGCAAAACGUGUGGACUAGGCAUAAUCAGAGUUCUUUGUAACAUGAGGGCGAUGCUCAAAUUUUUCAUCAUGAUGGGAGUCUUGAUGGGAGCACAAUCAUGGCGUGGACAACAACCACAGGAGCCGGAAAAAAUCCCGUGUUUCGAACAAUUCGCCAGAAAGGUUUGGAACGGCUGCAGCAGAGAACAAAAGUGGUUGGAAAACGAUUGCUGGUCGAAAGGGACCGGCGAACCGGACUACUGCGAUACGCACCUCCAGACCUCAAAUGAUCUAUACGACCUAUAUGAAUGCGCUAUUAAAGAACAGGAAUGGUUCACCAGUGGCCUGAAGGAAUCAGACGACAUUGAAAACAUUGCAAUGGAAUUCGAAUCAUUUGCUAAUGAAAUGGGCGAACAUGUCCAAACGAAAGUUUACAAAGCUGCAAAAGAAUGUGCGAAAGAGGGAUGGGCGUUCGGUGAUGAUCGGCAAACCAGAAUCUUGCAUUUUACAGAUUGCUGGAUUGGUGUGGAGAAAAAUCGCAAGUUACACGAAGAGGCAUUUUGCAAAACUGUUGCUUAAUAGUAUUUCAUGUUUUUCUUUUAUUUGGUCAUUGUCACUGUAGCGGCACGUGUCUUUAUGGGAUCCUAAGAAUGUCGGAAAUUCUUAAGAAUAAAAUUGUACUUCAUGAUUGCUGAAAAUUUUCACGCACUUUUGCUUCAGUUAUUCCCGCACUUUUUCUAAUACUCUGAAGAAUAUGGUAAACCUUUUCCAUAUUUCCUCAGGAAUUAAAUGCAAUUGGAUUCAGGAGACUAGGUUCUUUAGUUUAUUUAUAGAAAUUCUCAAAAUACUAAAAUUGAUGUCAAUGUUUGCAUGGAAGGUUUAUGAUGUAAGCUCGUGAUUGUAAUGCUUGAGAAGGUAUGAGGAAGGUAGUCGUUAGAAAGGAAUUAUUACACGGAGA